CUCAAACCCCAACUGAUUCUCUUCUUCCACUCAAAGAAAGGAACGAGAGAGAAAAGGAAACUGAUUCUCCUCUUUGCUCUUCCCCUCCCCUCGCGCGGGCGAGGUCACCAAAUCGACGCCUCUCUACCGGAAGGUCGGAAUCCUCCCCACAAAGCGGAGCACGCCAGAAUUUCUCUUUGGCAGCAAGGUCAUGGCAGAGACCAUAGAUUUAUCAGGGGAUGGAGGUGUUCUUAAGACGGUGGUCAGGAAAGCAAAGGAUGAUGCUACAGCGCCAUCUGAGAGCCUUCCCUUGGUUGAUGUUCAUUAUGAAGGCACACUUGCUGAGAAUGGUGAAGUUUUUGACACCACCCAUGAAGACAACUCUAUUUUCUCAUUUGAAAUUGGACAAGGGGCUGUCAUCAAAGCAUGGGAUAUAGCAUUAAGAACUAUGAAAGUUGGCGAGGUUGCAAAAAUUACAUGCAAGCCAGAAUAUGCAUAUGGAAGUGCAGGCUCGCCACCAGAGAUACCUCCUAAUGCAACCCUCAUUUUUGAGGUGGAGUUAGUGGCUUGCAGGCCGAGGAAAGGUUCCAGUCUGGGCAGUGUAUCAGAUGAGAAAGCUAGACUUGAGGAACUUAAGAAGCAGCGAGAGCUAGCUGCUGCUACCAAAGAGGAAGAGAAAAGGAAGAGGGAGGAGGCAAAAGCCGCCGCAGCAGCCCGGGUGCAAGCAAAACUUGACGCGAAGAAGGGGAAGGGAAAAGGAAAGGGAAAAUAGAUUACUACUUUGCUGCUGACUAUUGUAACCUAGAGAAUAAUCUGCAUGCAUCAUCGAACUGCUAGGUCACUUGCUGGCUACCGUGCUUGAUGUGCUGCAUGCAUGCUUGUCUGACACUAUUGCUGUACUGAAAGAGCAAAUUAAGUAUAUCAAUCCUUGGUAUC